GAAAUCCCUGUUCUAUAGUGACCAGUAUGUUGGUUGUCACAGGCGAUGCUCUCAGGAUGUCCGACGGGAGACAGAGAACGUUGUCCACCUCUGGAGAAUCUCUGUAUCAGGUCCUGAGUCUGCAGAAAGGCUGCAGCCAUGACGACAUCAAGAAGUCCUACAGGAAGCUGGCGUUGCGGUUCCACCCGGACAAGAACCCGGACAACCCAGAGGCGGCAGAGAAGUUCAAGGAGCUGAACAGCGCCCACGCCGUCCUGUCCGACCUCACCAAGAGGAACAUCUAUGACUCGUAUGGGUCCCUGGGCCUCUACGUGGCCCAGCAGUUUGGAGAGGACAACGUCAACACCUACUUCAUGCUGUCCACCUGGUGGGCCAAGGGUCUCUUUCUGGUUUGUGGGGUCCUCACUGGCUGUUACUGCUGCUGCUGUCUCUGCUGCUGCUGUAACUGCUGCUUUGGGAAGCUGAAGCCGACGCCCACAGGUGAGGGGGCGGGGCCAGAAUAUGUCUCCCCAGACGACCUGGAGGAGGAGAUCCGCAACAGCGCCGACGAUGAUGUCGACGCUCCGAUUGUUCAGCAGCCGUUGAACCCCAGUGAGAAAACCCAGCUGAUCAGUGAUGGACACAAAAAAUAUGGAGACACCUUCACAUGAAAAAGGAGUUUCUGACCACAUGAAACAGGUCAGAAAGGGAUUUCUGACCGAUAAGUUGCAUGAUCACCUGAUCAAUUUUUUAUCUGGUUUUAUUACGUAUUUAAACCUGAUUGACGUUUUGGUGCAAAUCCCGCUGUGAUUGGAUUUUUGGUAUUUUAGGGGCGGUGCUUUAUUAAUUUAUUACAGAUUUAAGUAUAAUCUUGAGGAAUCUGUUUGAUGUAAAUAUUGUAAAGUUUCUUUUCAGCUGAAAAUAAAAUACAACCUGUAUAAACAUCAUGCUGUUAUUGUGAAAUGU